AUGAAUCCUCACCAAUCACUGUUUCUGCUUCUAGUAGUAGCUGCUUCCAGCCUCGGUGUAACAGCUGCGGAAACUCGACAGUAUCGAUCCUGUGCGGAGGCUCCAGCCCAGUCGGGUGUUUACACGAUUACAGUGGCCGCCACCGGUACUACCUUUCAGGCCUUCUGUGAGCAGGAAAAGUACGGCGGCGGAUGGCUGGUGUUCCAGAACCGCUACGACGGGUCGGUCAAUUUCAAUCGAAGCUGGGAGCAUUACAAAACCGGCUUCGGAAACCUGCGGCAAGAGUUUUGGCUCGGACUGGAGAAAAUUCAUCAGGUAACCGCCGGGGCCGGAGAGCAUGACCUGCUGAUAGUAAUCGAAAACUUUACCGAUUAUUCGGCACACGAAAUUUAUCCCGGCUUUCGGGUGGAAAACGAAACCGAACAUUACAAGCUGCGUCUCUCGGCGGAUGAGCAUUCGUUUUACGGUACGGCACAGGAUGCAUUCUGGGUCUAUCGGAACGAUAAGUUUAGCACUUACGAUAGGAUUAACGAUAUAUCUAUUCUGGGCUGCGCCAUUGUGACGGGAAGCGGUUACUGGCACUACGACUGCGGCACCGGUUACCGAACGAGUAACUUGAACGGCCAGUACAGCCGCACUCCUCUCGGUGGACUGCGUGGACUUUGGUGGGGCACAUUCGGAGGACAGCAGCAUCCGCUGCGGAAGACGAAAAUGAUGAUCAGAAGACCAGUAACCUAA